AUGCUGCUGCUAGCAGAAGCCGGACGCUCUCUGAACAAGGAUUUGACGAGCCUCUUCAAACACAACAUUCAUACACCACGAGUUCUUGAACGGCUUGUUCACGAACUUCACAGCGACAAAGAGCUAUGUAGUUAUUUAUUUCUUAAUCAUCCCGGCUCGGAGGACAUGCUAUGGGGUCUCAUGAAUCUUCUAACAGAAGAUUCCCGGUGAGUUUACCUUUACAGCUUUUGUUUAUGUCUAUACAUCAUGAUCAGACAGCUGCCACCCAGGGAAUUUAUACACGGUUGUAAAAUUGUCAAGUUAUAAGCUUAUCGUUUCCAAACAAUCGCAGGACAAAACUCGAGGAAAAAAGCGGCGUGUUGCGAAGGUGAUGUUAAUGAGAAGAUAAGUUAGCCUUUGUUGUUGCCGUGUUUUUGUUUUGAAUACGAGAAGAAAACAGCUGCGUUAAGUUGUAGGGAAGGUGACAAAUUGUCCUUUUGUUCACUCUCCGAUCCAGGAUACUCAUUUAUAACGUUAUGGAAAAUCAAUUUGUCCGACUAGGCGAUAAAAAGAGGACAUUUCUUCGCAGGAAAUAUGCUAACCAUUUGCUUCGUUUGAAUUAACAUUAAGCUUAAACAAAUAACUUUUCGAGGUAAGGAAAUUAAUGGAAAGACCAAAAUGUAUCACAAUGAGGUCGUUUUAAGCUUUUUACAAAUAUGAUAAUUAAGGAAAUGAGAUUGUCAGCCAAAACCGGCUAUAUUACUCCAAAUAUUGUCCGGCCAUUUAUAACGACUCUUUUUCCUGUGUCAUCCCAAACCUGUUAACUUGAGCUCAGGCUUAAUUUUUUCGUAUUAUCUGUGAAAUUUUCCUUGUAGAGGCUCUAGACGUCAUUGUAUUUACUUUUCCUUAUCCAAUAUUUCCGCAAGCUGUAGGGGGAACGCAUUUUAAGCUUACAUUUGCACAACUAGAUUUACAUGUCUAGAUAACGUCAGUUUGUGAGGAAGCAAUUAUCGCUUUGGAGCGUUUUAACAAAGUUUGUUGUCAUUUCUUGAGUUGUCUCGUCUCAGCUAAAAGGUUUUUCUUUCAUUCAUGUUAAGGGAGGUGAUAAUGAUUGUUGUCAUAAACACCUUGGUUGUAAUAAGUGUAACCCAUUAUGUUUUGAACAUUUAAGUGACUCUUAAAAUGAAAUGGAAUAACAUUUAGGGAAUGAGGGAUUCAGGAAAUCAAGUAUAUCUUUUAAGAGCACAGUUUUAUUUCAAGAAUUUUUUCUUUUGUUUUUUCCUUUUGUGAAUAAUAAUAAUUGAAAGUCAUAUUCAUUUGUCUGCUUGAUUUUUAUACCUCUAUCUUUACAAACUAGUAGUAACAUCUCACAAUGACAAAUCUUAGUUGAGAGGAAGCUUUUAUGUGUUAAUAUUCACUUUAGCUUUUGUUUUGUUAAUAAUAAUUUUUUUCUUUGAGUUUUGAUUUUAUGAUAACAAUAUAUUUAUGUUUGUCACAGAAUCAAAAUUUGGCCAGUUUUCCUAUAUAUAUGUAAUGGGCUUUGUGGUAACAGGACUGAGUGGAGUCCAAUUUGGUCUCUAUUCAUACGAUUGAUCAACAAAAUCGGACGACCGCGUCAUGGGAGUCCAAUUUGUUUAAUCACAAGUAUGAUUACAGACCGAAUUGGACGACACAAAGUUCUGUUAGGAAUUAAUCAUAACUUUAACAAACUGUCACUGUGAUAUAUAUACGGCUCUUUUUAAAAUCAAAACGCAAGAAAUUCCAAUAUUUUCUUGCUAGCAAUGAAAACAAAAGCUAUUUAAGCAUGCGUGUGAUGGCGCAUACUGUCCAAUUACUUAGGCAUGACACGUACUGAAAUCAGGGCAGUUGAUAACCAAUCAGAUUUGAGCAUUUUGUUAUAGUUUUGAUUAAGAACAUAACUGAUGAUAUACUUUGGUGAACAUCUCAUUUUAUAUCAACUUUUGUGAAUUGUUGGAAGCUGACCUAAUAUGACAAUGAUCAGGCAUCCUUCGGGUCAGCAUUGAUCAGCCUUCGAACUACUGGGCCCAGUAGUGCACUAUUCCAAGUGGUAACCCAGAUGUUUUUGUGGGUUUGGUGCAUUUCUAAUUUAGGACUCAAUCUUUUCCACUUUUCAAGUAAAAGAACUUGACACUUGAGGAUUACCUUUUGAAAGAGUUUUACAAUGAGGUAUUUUAAUGAUGUUUCAGCACUGCUGGGAAUGCAUCCUAUGUCAUUGGCACACUAGCAGAGACAGAUUUGGGUAAGAGAAGGAUUGUACAAAUAUGCACAGACAAAGGUGAUCAAGCCAAGAAAAUCUUACCAGCACUGACCAAUAUGCUGGAUAUGGUUGACACAGAAACUGUCAUGAAUGCUGCAGGGACCAUGGGUACCUUGGUAGGAUUAAAAUUCAUUCACUCUGAUAUUUUAUGGCAAGAUAAUAUUUUUUGUAAUUCUUUAUUUAAAAUCUUUGGACCAAAUUAUGAUGUGUUAGUGUUAAAAUGAACCAUUUUUGUAGAACUUUUGCUUAGUAUAAAUAUUUACAAAUACUGAUCAAAAGUUAAAGUUACCAAAUCAAUAGUUGUGUGGAUAGGAUCAUUAAGAGUAUAAACUAGAAUUCCUAACACUAAAGAAACAUUUAUUGUUAUAUCUUUGAACAAGGCUGAAGAUGGUGAGUGUCGACUGUGGAUGCUGAAAGAGGACUGUUUAGAUGAGGCCAUUGUAAAGCUUACGCAUCUGCUCUCUUCUAAAGAUAUGUGUACAGCAAGCAAUGCUGCUUUGGUUUUAGCCAGGUGUUUUGCAAUUUUUAUACUUAAUAGGUUAUAACACUGAAUAUAAGACAGUGAAAAAGAUGGUCAACAGAAACAAAAAAAAAUUCACAGCUACCAAUGCAACAGAUCAUAGUUUUUUCUUUUCAUAAAAGUCCACUUUAGUAAUGUGUUAGAUUUCGAUUUUAUGGUGAGAUACUGAACAGACAAUGGCUUUGACUAUAUGUAGGUUCAAAAAACAUUUGGGGCAAAUUUCCAGAAAUUUUUCUGGUAGGUGUUUGUAGCAAUAAGUAAUGUUGUAUUAACACAGUAAGAUUGUUUUCUGCCUUUAUUAUCAUUCUCCUAUUGUUGUGCCUGGUGUUAGUGGACAAAACACUGAACCCCAGGUCAAGAAAUACCCCCAUGAACUACCCAAGUUUGGAGAUUAGGGUAAGGAAACUGAGAAUCAAGUUUUAGGUCAGUGUUCCCAGCACAGUGACCCUAAAUGGAACCUGAUUCACUCAGUUUCCUAACCCUAAUCACUAAACUUCAGCGUUGUAGUUUAGUUUAUUAGGUAGUCCAUAUGGGUAGCUAUAAUCCAUAGGUGUAGUCCAUGUAUGGACUACGGGUCAGUGUUUUUCCACCACCAGGUAUUAGUGUUAUGUACAGUUGUAGCAAAAUAUAAAAUAAAGUUAAUGUAGUAAGACAGUAGCGCUCAGUAGUUUGCAAAGUUUACAUAGUUUGUUUAGUAAUUAAUUUACCCGAGUGUAAGAACCAUCGGUAGUGCCUAUAUCAUAAUAUAGUAUGCUGUCUGUUCAUGCUUCCAGGAUUAUACAGUCAUGUAGUGAAAUAGAUGUACAGUUAUUUUAAUGGGAUUAAUGGGAUUUCUUUUCAUAAUUUUAUACAUCACAGGCUUACAAUCGCUGAAGAAGGAUGUGCUAGAAUUUUAAACCAUCGAAGUUCCAGUCAUAUACUGGUGCAACUGACAAGAGCAUUAGGCAAUGAUGAGACAGGUACAGCACAAUAAUUAGGCGAUGAAGCUACUGUGGGUAUUUUUAAAGCUUUUUUGUGUGUUCUCAAAAAAUUCUUUUUUUAAUUUUUAUGCUCACAAUAAUAGUUAUAUAUUUGUCAAUUUUUUGGUUAUCCUCUCUUUCAGUUAACAAUAUUAUUGUGAUAUAUCUGAUGCCAAAAGGGAGUAAAAUCAAACUGGAUGUUUUCAUUAAUUUUGAAAAAUUACCAGUGUUUUUUAAUUCUUAACAUAAUCAUUUUGCUGAAGAUUCCAUACACUAUUGCUCUGUUAUUAACCCUGUUAAAUUACAACAGGACGGGGCAUGAAUGCAGCAUUUGCCAUUGGAAGACUGUGUGAUUUUGAAGCUGGCUGUAAGAGAAUGUUAUUUCUAAAAACAUCUGAAUUGAUGGUAAGUACUUGUUAUCAAAUGAAUGUUUUUGUAUGUUGAUGUUGUUAAGCAACUGACAUUGCUGGUUAGCAGCAUUACUUAUUUGAAUGGGUUCUUUCCAGUGCAAAGAACCCCUUAAAAUCGCUAGCUGGUAAAUCCUGUAACUUGUCAAAAGUGGAAAAACCGUACUAGAAGGGUCUAUUUUAACAAAAAGACUAGAAGGGCCCUCCUGUGCACUUAUUCUUACUAAGCCAGCUCCAGAAGCCAUGUGAGUAUCCUGCUUCUAAAAAAACCUGGGGGAGAGGGGGAAUUUGGGAGAACUCAAUCUAUUUUUGAACACAGUCCUGAGAGCUGCUGGGAGUUUGAAACUCUAAUAUAUUAUCCUGUAUCAUGAAAAGUAACAGCUGCAAAAUAUCUGGUCAUGUGCAGGAUAACAGCCUCUAUUGCAGAACCUUGUUCACGAUAAAGGACAUUAUUCUUUCUUUCAUUCUCCCUUGUAACUGGCUAAAUAAAUGUAUCAGUCUUCAGAUUCAACUAUACCCUGUAGGAUUGGUUCGGACAAUGAUUAGGACAGACUCAAUUAAAUUAUAUACCCUGUCCAUGGUAGAGGGUCCAACAACCACACCCAUUAUAGUGGCAUGUCCCCAUAUAGGCCAUGAAUUGUGAGACUCCCCACACCACCUCUCUCCAAGACCUCUGACUGCCCAGAAACAUAGUUUUUAUGAAUAAGCAGCAAAGUUGAGGAACUGCUAGGUCAUUAGUGUUUUCUCUCAGUUAGAUUUAAAUCUUUGAAGGACUGAUCAUGAAUUUUGUAAUUUAUAUUUUUUUGACAGAUCAACUCACUUAUUGACAUGUUACAUGCUAGUGAUCCUGGCUGUUGCAAGAAUGCUUGCUUUGCCCUCAGCUGCAUAGCAUCCUUAGUUCAAGGUCAUCAGCGACUUCUGGAACAUAUUCGAAUUAACAGUGUUGUAGAAAUGCUCUGUUCAUUGUUAGCUUCCAAGGAUGAAGAAAGCAUAUGGUUUGCAUCAAUGUGAGUAAAUUAAUAUCCCUUAUUUACCUUUAUUUUUCCUUUAUCACCUGUUGACAGGACUGAACAAGAGCACUGGCUGUAGUUUUAAGAUUAAAUUGUUAUAAUUAAUGCACUCAUAGGGUUUCAAGUUAUAAUUUUCAAUUAAUUGGCUCUCUUAAUUUGUAGGAUGUUACAUACUCUUGCUUCACAGAAAAGGGGUUGUUUGUAUCUUAGGACUCAGCAUAAUGUUAAAAAUUCAUUAGAGGUAAGUUAAUACUGGGUGUGGUCAUCAGUUCACUUGUGUGAUAACAUUACUCAGGGUUUCAGUACUGUACAACUUUAUUUUGAAAUUCACGCAUCAAUAUCGCACCCUAUUCUUCACUUCCACAUCAGUUUACAGAGAGAGAUUUGCUGCAAAAGAAAACCAAAUUUUGACAUGAAAAACCACUCGGUAUUGAAAACCUCGAAACACAUGUACACACGCUAGUGUGGAAUGUUUUUUCUCACCUCCAUGUGCUCAGUACAGCGUUUUUCAGCGGCCACUCUCUUUAUUUAGCCUUUUGAACAUUCUUUUACCCCCAUACCAUCCCUCCUCCGGCCUAUAUUCUUCCACUGAUAAAUAAGUGUUACAGCUGCUUAAUCAGGUUGUGAGGAUUGCACCUACCACUCAUCAAUUCAGGCAAACAUUGAUCAUUUUGUUGGGUACAUGCUGUAGGUACUUUUACAGAGACCACAUCUUAAAGAGGAGACAAAAGAAGAGGCCAAGGCCACUGCAGCUAUACUGGAAAAAUUGCUAAAACCAAAACCACCCAAUAUUAAAGGUACUGGUAUAAUGGUAUAAUGAAAUCAUUUUUAUUUUCAUGUUUUGAAAUACAACUCUCUAAAAAAUAUCCGCACAAGUUCCGCCAUGAAGGGUUUCUUGGUUUGAAUGUCCCAGAGUUCUUGAAAUUUUAGUGUAGUUUUAUAUAUUUGAUCUUUAUUUCCCUCUCCUCUUACACAAUUAAGUAACCAAUUUUUUGUUUGCAUUUUCUCACCGUUACUAACUGGGUAAGUUUAAUACUUAAUACAGUCUACAGGUCAAACCUUGUCAAUAUGGAUACAUUGAGUGGCUGUAGAAAGUGUUUGUAUUAACAGGGUGUCAGUAUUUAACCUGGAUGAAUUUAGAGAAAAUGUGAGAGCUUUCUUUCCCGGGAGAAAAAGCAAAAAGCCCGUAAUAAUGAGGUGUCCGUAAAGCAGGGUUUGAUGUACCUGUUCUUGCGAAUCUCCACUGACUCCCGAUUGAUCUUUGGAUUGAAUUUAAAAUACUUACUGUUACUUACAAGAUUCUCCAUGGACUUGCUCCUGUUAUAAUAAAGAUCUUCUUCAAAGUUACCUCUUAGCACGGGAUCUUAGGUCUUAAAUGAAAGAUCAACUUGCUGUAACUGCUUUUAACAUAAACAGUUAUGGGCGUCGGGCUUUUUCUGUUGCUGUGCCGCUUCUUUGGAACAGUCUUCGUCAGCAUAUUAAGGGAUGCUGGAUCACUGGACAUUUUUAAAAGACAGUUGAAAACUGUUCUUUCUAGACAUGCUUUUUUCAACUGAUGACUUGACUUUGGUGUCUUUAUAUCUUUUUUUUUAUCUUUAGUUUUUGUAGUACCGGGUAUUUUAUUGUGGUUUUUAAAUUUUUACUUUUACUGUAGUUUUUAGUUUUUUUAAACUUGUAAAUAGCUCCUUUGGACCAUGGGAAAGGGCACUUCAUAAUUGUUUCAUUAUUUAUUUUCAUUUAUUAUGUACCAGUGUACUGUCAACAGGUCAAAAACAUUCUUGUCAACUUAUUUUAUGUAACUUAUUUCAUCAAAAACAAUAAUAUGAUUGAUAUAAUUUUUUUAUGAUAAAACAGGAUCUGUUCAUUUCAGCAAGUAAAAUAAAAUUGCUGGAUAGUGUUAGUUCUAGUGCUUUUACCAAUUUUACUACAAAUGGAGCUAAUGAAAUGACAUCCGAGUGGAGUUAAGUGGAGGGUGGUAAAUUUCAGGGAAAUUGUGAUCAAUUAAGGGAAAGGAAAUUUGCUUCGAGUUAGCAGGGAAUUUGAGUUAUCUGAGUUUGAGCUACCCGACUGAAAUCCAAGGGAAAUUGGACUCAGUUUGAGUUAGCAGGGAGUUGAGUUAUCGUAGAUUGAAUUAUCGGGGUUUUUUCUUUACUUGUAUUUAAGAACAAUAAUAUUUGGUUUUAAUUUUGUAGUUGAGAGUGCUUAUUGUAUUAUUGUAACGUGGGAUGCCAUUCAUCCAAAGAGUGGACUUGAUGUAACAUAUCUGCUUUUCAAAGGUAACAUAGUCUUAACUUUUGGAUCUUAGUCAUUUUGGUGAAUAGAAGAAUGAAUGUUUUUAGAUCCUCUAAAUCGGGGCUCGAAAAAAAUUUGAAUUCCAGCUUGUCCUUUAAGCAAGAAUAGAAGGUUUCACAUUUUUCUUGCCUAGAGCCACUUAUUGCUCCCUCUAAAUGGUUAUUAAUAAUGAUUUUGUAAGAGGAUGAGUUGUUUCGACCUUUCCCCAUGCGGCAAGUUAGCUUUAAAAGUUACUUGCCCAGCAAGAAAACCCACCUGUUCCGGAUUACCAGACAGGACUUUUUUCCAGCCCUGCCCUAAACUAAAUAACUUUGUUAUUAAAGUGGUAGUGGUGCUAUCCUAGGUUAUGGUAUGAUUUAGGUUCCUGGUCCCAGUUGUUCAAAAGCUGGAUAGCGCUAUCCUCCGGAUAAAUCACUAUCCAGCAGACAAGUAUUUGGGAAAGCAAUAAAUAAUGCAUUGUCUCCUGGAGAGAGAUAUAUUCAUACAGUGCGUAGUGCUAUUCACCUUUUGAACAACUAGGCCGGUAUGCUAGCUGAGUUACUGUAUUAUUUUUGAUGUGGGUUGUGGUUGUGAACCCUGAUUUGGAGGAUCUAAAAAACAUUCCAUUACAGAAACGCGCCCAUUCAAAAACGUCGAUCGUGAAAAUGCAAAUAAGUGAAAAAUGACGUUAAUUUAGUGUCAAUCAAGAAAUCCCCUGGGUAUAUCCCUUUCCUGGUUAUUGUUCCUGCUCAGACAUCCGCAUUUGCCUAUUCUUCGAUGAAGAAUAGAACUUCACACGACUAACAAUAGCUCAGUCUGUUUAAAAACUUUCUAAAUUUACUCCGAAUUAGCAUGUGACUUUUUGCUGUUAAAUGCUUCAAAAUUGAAAAAUCCUCGAUGAUUGUUGUUGAUUUUGCCGUAAAUAAUUCAAUGCACUGACUUAAAAUGAAUUUUUACCUUUUACAAACUUCUUGGUGUUCGAAUCGAUCGAUGAAAUAUGAGCGCAACCGAUGCGUUAAUAGUUUGUUUACAUUUUGUCACGGGUUUUGGAUAAUAUUAUAAACCUUAAAAUUUAUGGGCAAAUUCGCAAUAAAGCACUCUCACUUACAUUCUUCAUUUAAGAUAUUGAUUUUAGCAAAGUAUAAGGCAAAAUUAAGAGCGAUACUUUCUUUAAGAACGCUAUAACUACAUAUUUAACGGCCAAACCUAAACAGCGAUCUAAUCCGUUUCUUGAAGACAACUACAAUACCGCUUCUGAUAAUAAUAUUUAUAAACGCUGCAAACAUUUUUAUCCAAUCUUAUCGAGUGAUUUUCGUGAUGAGUUUUUAAGUGAAGAAUACUUUAGUUUCUGAUUAGCUUUAACUGUUUUGCCAUCAAAACGAUUCGCACGAGACUACCAAAUUCGCGAGGGUUUUAUGUUAGUGCACGAGGAAGAAAAAUGCUUCUCUUUGCAUAAACUUGAAGCACUGACAAAGACAUUCCAACACUUAAAACAAUGGCAACCUACUUCUAUUGUUUCUGCAUUGUCUCUUGAAAGUGUGAGAAUAGUUAACCGCUAUGAAGUUCAUAAGAGACCAAAAACGACGGUAGUCUUUGAAACUUCGUUUUUGCUCGCAAAGCCUAAUGGGUACCCCACUUUUCACGGGCGACGUUUUUCAAUGGGCGCGUUUCUGUAAUGAUUCCACUGCAGCACCUUAGUUAUGGAACACUACCCCAGAAUAGAUCAAAAAUGUGGACAGUGUUGCUACAUUUAAAACAAAACUUGAAACAUUGCUAUUCAGGAAAUGUUUCAAUUGAUUCUCAUGCUUAACAUUUUAGGAUUUUUUAAAGUUUUACGAUACUUGGUAAUUGAUUUUCAUGCCUAACAUUUUAGGAUUUUUAAAGUUUUAGAAUUUAUUAGGUUUUUUAAAGUUUUACAAACAUAACAUUUUAGGAUUUUUUAAAGUUUUACAGUACUUGAUGUAUAAUGUCACAAUUGAUUUUCAUGCUUAACAUUUUAGGAUUUUUAAAGUUUUACAAUACUUGAUGUAUGAUGUCACAUAGGCUAGAAAUGUAAUGAUCUUUAAUAGGCUUUCGUAAUGUAAAGUGCAUUAUUAUUAUUAUUAUUAUUUAUUAUACUGACAAGGCUUUCACUCCCAAGAGUGGUCUGUGUAUAAAACCCAAGAAAAAAACCUGCUUUCUUAUACACUAUUUUUUGUAUUAUUAAAAUAAUUAUUUCACAGAUGGAGUAACAGUGUAUUCGGGUUCAAGAACCAGUUACAUAGCAAAUGAUCUCACACCAGUCACAAGAUAUAGCUUCUAUCUUCAAGCGUCUACAGAGGGUGAUGACAGUCCUUUUAGUAAUGUUGUAUCUGUUGUUACUCCAGAAUCAGGUACGUUUUGUGAUCAGUAGGGUACACUUUCUUCUUAUGGAGACCAUAACUUGCUAUAGAUAUCUUAAUAACACCUAUAGCACAGCUCUUUAAAAUAAUUGCUAAAGUAUCCUGGCAACUUUCUGAAGAUCUCUGGGUGUACUCACAGAAUAGCCAAAUAUGCAUGUAAAGCAGACAAUAGGCAUAGCACAUGCCUUCGCCUUACAAUUUCAUUGGUAAAUGUUUGUUUUUGGAAGAAAUUGGAACUUUGUUCUGGUGGCCCAAAGAAGAAUAGUAUUUGCAUUUGGUGGUUAUAGAUAAGAGUAAGAGGUUCUCUUUUAUUACAAGGGACUCAUGGGAUUUCUUCUUAGUCCUACAAUACGGUAAACUGCUGCUUAUAAUUUUGCACAGUUUUUAAGAAUUUAUGUUAUCUUUCUUCUCUGAUGAGAUGCUACAUGUGUUCUCAAAGUGAAAUGUCAAUGUUUUCUGUUUUUCGUCAGCUAGCACAAAGAAUAAAACUCCCAUCACUGACUACCUACAAGACAUUUUUUGGCAUUGUUGAUCUUAUCUAUUUUCAUGGCACAUGUCACAAACGUCAACCUACAUGUACUCCGUACAGACUUGCCAGCUAUAUAAGUACUGUUUGUUAUCGCUCAAGGAAAUUUGAUAGCAUCCAUCAGGGCUUGAAAAAAGUCUCAUACUGUAGUCUGUGACAAGUAGAUUUUCUUGCUGGGGAAGUCAAGCAUCACUGGCCCGGGGCAGGAAAGCAAAAUGUGGAGCUUCUUGCCCAAAGGACAAGCUGAAUUUCAAGUUUUUUUCUAGUACUUAUCCAUGUCCAAAAGUCAUGGGUCUAGAACCCUCUUAUGAGUAAGCCUAACUGUAAGUUAUGUUUAUUGUAACCUCCUUUUAACUCUUUGUUUUAGUUCCUAGUGCACCCCAGUGCCUCAGAGUCUUAAGCAAAUCAACAUCUCAGAUAAAGAUUAUUUGGGAACCACCAGCUACAUCCAAUGGAGUACUGAGAGGAUAUCAGAUUGUUGCAAGAGGUGCAGUGAUAGACAGACACAAAUUCGUUGGGUAAACCCGUCUGAAAGGGUCACAGUAAUCAGUAACAUUACUUGCAUGUGUCUUCAAUAUUUAAGAUUGUGUCUGUGAAUAUUAUUUGUGUGAGGCAGAGUUUACCAGACAUUUACAAGCUUCUUCCUAAAAGAAAUACAUCAUUGCUAUUUAAAUCAGGGAUUUGAGUCUGAGAGGGAUUUUUUGUUUUCUGUAGGUAAGACAUCCAGUCUUGAAGUUCAUGAGAAUUACUUUAUUUUAUCCAGUGUGCCUCCUGAUACAGAAUGUACUUUUCAGGUUAGUUUAAACUGUCUAGUAUGGUUAAUUAAGCAGUAGGCUAAAGUUCUAUUGAGUAUGGAAGGAGCAAGCCUGCUGCAGUGAUGAGAGAACUCGUGCAUGAAGUGGUGCAGGUAUGAAUCCGAGAGAUGAUGCCAUAUGUGGGUUGAGUUUGGGCUUUCUUCUUUGCUCCAAAAGGGUUUUCUUCACAUGCUUCAGUUUUUCCGUCCCCUAGAAAACCAACUUGGUGGUCGAGGGAUAUUGAAAGAACAUACGGAAAUAAUACCUUACAAGUCACACAAUUAUAGUUGCCUAUUAUCAACUCAAACACUUAAAAAGGGUAAAUGCAGUAUAUAUUUUUAUUAUCUUCAUAGGUGUUUGCUAUGACAAGUAAGGGCCGUGGAGAACCAGCAGUGGUAACUGCAAGUACAGAUGACUUAGGUUAGUGAGUAUAACCACCAAGCAUUUACUGAGGACAAGUCUGGCACUUACUAAACAAUAAUUAUUAUGGUGGAAGCAAUAAAAUACCAAAAAAGCCAAAAAAGGAGCACAGAUAAAAAAAUGCAUUGCACUUAGGUAAACUUGAAAAAGAGUGGCCCGCAGUUUCAAAUUUGUCUCAAAUCAAGUAUCUUGUGUGAAAGUGUGACUUACAAUGCUCUGGAAUCAACUAUUUUUGUUUGCUCGGGAUUUUAUCCAUUAAUUAAAGUUGUUUCUUUCACCAGCAUGUUUAAGCUGAUAAAAUUAGUCUAAGUCACUAUAGUUACUGUAACUUAAUAAUCUUCUUCUCCUUGAUGUCCUGACUCCAGCAUCGCGUAUACACAAUCAUAAUACAAGAUUUGUCAGUAAUCUGAAUUAUUUUAGGCCAAGAGUAUCCACCAACUUAGGUAAGACAUCCUUUAAAUUCUCUGCUCCAAAAAUCUGGGAGACUGUACCGCCUGGUUUCAAGUGUCAGCCAUAUGAUAAGUUUAGGACAGAAUGGAAGUCCUAUCUUCUAACCAACCAAAUCUGACCUUGCUUAUAUGUUCUAUCACUGAUAUUAUCUGAGAUUUUAUUUCCUCUCUUUACUGCUGCUGAUUAUCUGAACAUGACAGUGUCCAGUGAGAAAGCUCUUGCUACUUUGGACAUUGUACACAAAUGAACUUAAUGUCUUUUAGUCAAUCAUUAUUUAUCAGCUACUUUAUUUUCCUACCUAUGUACACUUGUGUAAAUAUCUUAUAUAGUGAGAAAUAUAGAAUUAAAUUGAAUUGAAUUGAACUUUGCAUUAUUUAUUUCUUCAUUCCAUUGUUCCAAUAAAUUAUAUGAAAUUUAUAUGUUUAUCAUUUCAUCCCCACCUUUCCUGGGUAUACUACCCAGCGAUUCAAUGACCAGCUCCCACUUGGCUUGCUAGCUCAACUGGUUAGAGAGCUACCGACUCAGGUAUUGCAGUAGUCAGGGUUCGAAUCCCUGCAGCAAGUCUAAAUUUUUUCAGGCUUUCUUUUCACAAGAGCAUAAGUUGCAUCUUAAACUGUGAUGAUCCUCUUUGCAUUUAUUUGUAACUUAAUCAAACUGCUUAAAGCAUUUGACCCAAGUUUCAACUCAAUAACUGUUAUAUUGUUCUUUUUAUCUCUUCUUUUUAGCAUCUCAUGCUCCUCCCAAACCAGUUGUACAGGUGCUUGGCCGGCAUGAAAUGUUGAUCAGUUGGGAGAGUCCUCCUAAACCACUUGGCAGAAUUAACAGUUUUGAAGUCAGGGUUGAUGGCAUGGUAUGACAUUUUUCUCAGUCUUGAGUAGCUGAGAGUAGUCUGUAGUGUUUUAAGUUAGUUAAAGUCUUAACACGGUGAAGAACUAGUGUACUGCUAUUUUGGCAUGGUAUGACAUUUUUCUCAGUCUUGAGUAGCUGAGAGUAGUCUGUAGUGUUUUAAGUUAGUUAAAGUCUUAACACGGUGAAGAACUAGUGUACUGCUAUUUUCAUUUCUUGUUGUAGAGUUCACAAACAAACUUCUGCCUUGGAAUAAGAAUUAAAAUGAGCUCUUUGAUAAUGAUUAACGAUUAUAUCUUAUUUUAAAUUAUUGAGCAGCUUUUCUGUGUGAAAAUCGUUGGUGCAAAGCUACAAGUUUUCAUCUGCUAAUGUUUACUGCUUUGCAGAGGGAGCUGACUAGCUAUUACCACCAUCCUUCCUACCAUUAUUUUUGUUGACAGGUUAAUUUUUAUGUUGCAGGUGAUUUACAAUGGAGUAGAAAAAUCCUGCACUGCUAAAUCCCUCAAGCCCAAUACAGAGUACACAAUCACAGUAAGUUGAUUUAGGACUAUCCAAGGGGAGUUCAUUUUGCUAUGCCUACAAGACAGAUUCAUUUUAUUGAAUGAAUGACUGAAUGAAUGACUGAAUGAAUGAAAUGUUGUGGAGGAGAGGACAACAGACAGGCCCUCUUUACGUUACAGUGAACUCCCUUCAUAGCAGACACCGUAUGAAUUAGUGUCGUCAUUAGCGAGAGUCCAUAAUAGCAGGAGUUCAUUUCAGUCAAGAAUCUGUGAUUUGUUUUUAAGUGGGAUUUGGCUACUGUCUGUAUUAUCGGGGUGUCCGUUAUAACAGGUCGUUGCAAGGCGAAAGUUGACUGUAUUUAUUGAUAUGUUAACAGUAAGCUCAGAUGUCAGCAUCCAAGGGUGCCUCAAGCAGCCGCUAUCAGUCCAUUUAUCCCGAGUAUCUUGUGAUAUUUAUUGUGGAAGGGGGAUUAUGAUGACCAAUCAGUUUGUACUACACAUGACACUGCUUCAACUUAAACUUGCCAUUGUCAUUAAUAAGUUUAAUCUUUAGCUGCAGGUUUGAGACAAUUUAAUUUUUCUUUUCUUCCAGCCUCUGAGUUGUUGGAUUUUGCCGUUGAUUAACACCAAAACUGAAUAAUGCAUUAUGCAAGGUCAAGCUGAGAUGUCUUCUUGUUAUAUGCUGUAGGUCAGUGCAUGGUGCAGUGAAGGGCGAUGUGAAAGUGUCCCAGCCAAGAAGAGAACAGCUAGAGAAGUGUACAGUAAGAGACCACUC